AUGGAUCCCUCACAGCAAGACGCUCUAUCAAAGCCGGGAAGCACCGACACACGUCCCCUGGGCUUCAUGCAAAGAUUAGAUCCUUCUCCGGUACAAGAUCCAGUUUUUGAUCCCGAGACCGGUGAAUAUCAGCCUGAAACACGAGAUCCCAAUCCAUCGCAGCGAAAUAUUGCUCCGAGUCGAGUUUCAGUGGCAGGUUUUGGUCUCCGUGGAUUUCGAUGGGAGUCUUGGUUAUCUGCGGUCCAGAAAUACUCGACGUAUCCACCUACAUUGUUCUUCGCCUUACAUUUCGCCAAUACCUCUCUUAUUCCCCUGGUAACUCGCUCUGUAUCCGCCAGUGAACCCUACCUUCUCCUUACAAGACCGGCUUAUCAAUCACCGGGCUUUGAACAUGUUGCUCUCACAGUACCCAUCCUAAUUCAUGUCGCUGCUGGUGUUGUGCUUCGGAAUAUUCGCGCCUCUCGACGUGCACGGCUCUAUGGCGCAGAAACGAGGGCGCAGAGAUCUCUGCUCAAGUUCUGGCCUAAGAUGAGUUUACAGACUAGGCUAGGAUAUCUUCUUGUUCCCUUGUUGGGAUCACACGUUCUCGUCAACCGAAUUGUACCAUUGAUUGUCGAGGGUGGAAGUUCUGGCGUUGGGCUUGGAUAUGUUGCACAUGGCUUUGCAAGAAAUCCGACUCUUUGGAACAUUUAUUACACUGUUUUCGUUGCCGCUGGGGUGUGGCAUAUCGCCGGCGGCUGGGCAACGUGGCUAGGAUGGAGAAUAACCACGGCCCGGAAAGAAGGGGGACGAAGUAAGGGCACCCUUGGGGGUUAUUUGGCGUAUAGGGAGAGCGAGCAGGUGGUCAGAAAGCGCAGGCGAAUGUGGUGGGUUGUCAAUGGUGUUGCUGCAGUAGGCACGUCUCUCUGGCUCGCAGGUGCUCUGGGAAUUAUCGGACUUGGAGGUCCGGGCUCUCCUUGGGAAGCAAAGAACUGGAGUGCAAUCUAUCGGCAGAUACCUAUCAUCGGGGACUGCCUGUGAAGAUAUCCUUGAUGAUGCACGGUUCUAUGCUCGCCUGAGAUGUCCUGUACAAGUAUCAGAUACUCCGUACUUUAAUGUCUUAA